AUGUCCAGCAACAAUCGCGAUGAAUCUGGGGAGGACACCCGACCGUCUCAGGACAUGGCGAGACGACCCUCGCUCGUCUCAUCGCGGACCCUCUCCGAGUCCGGCGGACGGCGCCCAUCGCAACAACAUGUGCGCUUCUCAUCCGACCUAGAUCGUUCCGCCGUGGAAGAGCAACAGCGAGAGCCGUUUUCUUCCACCGACCGCCGCCCCAGCUCCAGAGGCUUGACGAUCGAUACCGCGCUCACAUUGCCCACCACUGCUCGUCCCGCCGCCCAAUCGCCCACCUCGCCGCUCUCCCCCGGUUUCACGUCACCCAGUGCCGUCGCAGCUCGGUCGGCUGUUUCUCCGACCAGCCCGGAUUCGACGGGUCGGUCGCGGUCGCGGAAUCGUGGAUACUCGUUGCGUCGGAGCAUUUUCAAUAGGAACAUCAGCACGCAGUCGGAGGAUGAGCCUGUCGUGGUGGACGUGGACCUUGAGGCGAACAGCCCGUCCAAGGACGGCGCGCCAGCAGCUGCACCACUUCGCCCCGUGGAUGAGAAGAAUGAGUUGGCCGUUACGCCGACGGUGACUUCGGACUCACCUGCCAAGGCGUUGGCAGAGGCAUCGACCUAUCCAUCGUCUACGUCGGACCGCCCUAUUAAGGAGUCCUUCUCCAUUUCUGUCGCUCAGGACAAAUGGGUGAAGAGAACUGCGAUCAAGGAGGCGGCCGCCGCCCGUAUCGAUGGGGUUUUGACUACAAUUCGGAAGACUAUCUUGCGGAUCAAAGACAUUCCCCCGACGGAAGAUGGACGCCAUAUCGACUUGAACCCGGCCCUAGCAGAGACCUUGCUUGAUGAGCGGACUGGUAAACCGUACUUGAACAAUUCAAUUCGCUCCAGCCGCUAUAGCUUCUGGAGUUUCUUCCCGCGCCAGCUUUUCUUUCAGUUCACCAAGCUGGCCAAUUUCUAUUUCUUGGUUGUCGCCAUCUUGCAGAUGAUCCCCGGUUUGAGUACGACGGGAACGUUUACGACUCUGAUCCCGCUGUUGAUCUUCGUGGGUAUUUCUAUGGGCAAAGAAGGAUUUGAUGACUGGCGCCGAUAUCGCCUGGACAAAGAAGAAAACAACCGCUUUGCCUUUGUGCUGCGUCCCGGCAGCGGCACGGCCUCGGCUGGUGUCUCGGUGGCGAGUGAAUCCCACGACUGGGUGGAGGUGAAGUGGAAGGAUAUUCGCGUUGGGGAUGUCAUUAAGCUGGAACGCGACCAGCCCAUUCCUGCCGAUCUGGUGUUACUCCACGCCAAUGGCCACAACGGCGUGGCUUAUAUUGAAACUAUGGCUCUGGAUGGUGAAACAAACCUCAAGAACAAGCAGCCCAUCCAACCCGUCGCCAAGGUCUGCGCGUCUGUGGAUGAUAUCAACAGCAAUUCUGUGCAUUUUGCCGUCGAGGAUCCCAACACCGACCUAUACAAGUUCGAUGGCCACGUUUCUGUCAAUGCCCAAGAGAGGCUGCCCUUGACCAACAACGAGAUCGUCUACAGAGGAAGUAUCCUGCGGAAUACGGAUCGGGCUCUUGGUAUGGUGAUCUACACUGGUGAGGAGUGCAAAAUCCGCAUGAACGCCAACAAGAACCCGCGGAUCAAGAAGCCAACACUCCAGGGCAAAGUGAACCGUGUCGUCAUGCUCAUUGUACUUCUUGUUGUAAUUCUUGCUGUGGCAUGCACAAUUGCGUACAAAUUCUGGGCCCAAGAUGUGCAAGCGCGCUCGUGGUAUCUCAUCGAUGCGGCUGUGUCCUAUGGUCCCGUCUUCACUUCUUUCCUCAUUAUGUUCAACACGAUGAUUCCCAUCUCACUGUACGUGAGUAUGGAGAUCGUCAAGGUCGUGCAGAUGUUCUUGCUGAACGACAUUGACAUGUACGACCCCGAAACCAACACCCCGCUCGAGGCGCGGACCUCCACUAUCAACGAAGAGCUCGGCCAAGUGAGCUACAUCUUCUCCGACAAGACCGGUACCCUGACCAACAACUCCAUGCGCUUCCGCAAAAUCAGUGUCGCGGGCACGGCGUGGCUGCACGACGCAGAUCUGCAGGAGGAGACUGCUGGCGAGGAGACCAUGCUUAUGCACAAGAAGCGCAGAAUUAAGGGUAAGAAGGCUCUGAGUCGCAAGUCAAAUGCCUCCUCGGCCCGCAUGGGUGCUGCCCGGCCUUCGAAUCUUUCUACGGGACUGAGUGCUGCGCGCCGGCCUAGUCGUCCCGCCGCGUCCUACCGCACAGCCGAGAUGCUCCAGUACAUCCAGCGCAAGCCGUACACAGUCUUUGCUCGCAAGGCUAAGCUGUUCAUUUUGUCUCUUGCUCUCUGCCACACCUGCAUUCCCGAAGAAGAUGAAAGUGGAGCUAUUUCUUUCCAGGCAGCCUCGCCCGACGAGCUGGCUCUGGUCAUGGCUGCCCGGGAUAUGGGAUACCUAGUCUCUGAUCGCCAGUCGAAUACUCUGACUAUCCGCACCCACCCCAACGGACCCAACGAGACUCCCGUUGAUGAAGUGUACGAGAUCCUGGAUGUUAUUGAGUUCUCCAGCGCACGAAAGCGGAUGUCAGUCGUUGUCCGCAUGCCUGACCAGCGCAUCUGCCUGUUCUGCAAAGGUGCUGACACAACCCUCAUGCAAUUGCUCAAGCGUGCUGAGCUGGCACAAGAGAAGGCUCUGGAGAUCGAGCGUCGGGUCAGCAGGCGCAAGGCCGCAGAAGCGAACAUCGUCAUUCGCCGCAAUAGCGAGUACCAGAGCCGCAAGGACAGUGGCGUUCGGUCCAGCCUUAGCCGCCCCAGCUUUAGCCACCGACGCUCCUCGGUUCGGCGUUCCUCUAUUUCCGGCCAGCACGCAUCUGCUCUGCGAGACAGUGUUGAUAUUUGGCUGCGUGAUCGGGAGACCGAUGGCGGGAUCUUGAACCGGGAGACCGAUAGUGAAUACUACAGCCCCCGGCCCUCGGCUCAGAUGGGACGAUUCUCAUCGGCGCUAUCGGAUUCCGGAAGCUCGACGAACGGCGAGGAAGAUGAGGAUCUGGUGGAGGAGGCUCUGGUGUUGAACGAAGCGGCUGUUUUCGAGCGCUGCUUCCAGCAUUUGAACGACUUUGCGACAGAGGGUCUGCGGACUCUGCUUUACGGUCACCGGUUCUUGGAUGAGACCACCUAUAGCACCUGGAAGGCUGCGUACCACGAUGCUAGCACUAGUCUUGUUGACCGGCAAGAGAAGAUUGAGGAGGUUGGCCAGCAGAUCGAGCAGCAGCUGGAGCUGACGGGUGCUACUGCCAUCGAGGACAAGCUGCAGAAGGGUGUGCCGGAAGCAAUUGACAAGUUGCGACGCGCGAACAUCAAGAUGUGGAUGUUGACUGGCGAUAAGCGUGAGACGGCUAUUAAUGUCGGACAUUCCUGCCGUCUUGUUAAGGAUUAUUCGACCCUGACCAUUCUCGACCACGAAGUUGGAGAUGUCGAGGAGUCGAUUGUGCGCUUGACUGCGGACAUUGCGCGUGGUAGCGUGGCUCACUCCGUUGUGGUCGUUGACGGCCAGACGCUGUCGACUAUCGAGGCGGAUGAGACGAUGCGAGAGCGGUUCUUCCAGUUGGCUAUCCGAACAGAGUCAGUGAUCUGUUGCCGUGCCAGUCCCAAGCAAAAAGCGUUCUUGGUUCGAUCUAUCCGCAAGUACGUUAACGACGCCAUUACGCUUGCCAUUGGUGAUGGUGCCAACGACAUUGCCAUGAUCCAAGAGGCCCACGUGGGUAUCGGCAUCACUGGCAAGGAAGGUCUUCAGGCGGCGCGUAUCUCCGAUUACUCAAUCGCACAGUUCCGCUUCUUGCUCAAAUUGCUCCUGGUACAUGGCCGCUGGAACUACAUGCGCGCGUGCAAGUACACGCUGGGCACCUUCUGGAAGGAGAUGCUGUUCUACCUGACGCAAGCACUCUACCAACGAUGGAACGGCUACACGGGCACGAGCUUGUACGAGCCGUGGAGUUUGAGUAUGUUCAAUACGCUCUUCACGUCGCUGGCAGUCAUCUUCCUCGGCAUUUUCACGAAGGACCUCGCUGCCUCGACGCUCCUCGCUGUUCCAGAGCUCUACACCAAAGGCCAGCGGCAUGGCGGGUUCAAUAUGUGGUUGUACCUGGGAUGGUCGUUCAUGGCUACCUGCGAAGCGGUGAUCAUCUUCUUCACCAUGUUCGGCCUGUAUGGCAUGGCAGUCGAGAACCCCACAGGCAACGACACCUUCGCUCUAGGCCUACUCACCUUCUCCGCCUGCAUCACAGUGAUCAACCUGAAACUGCAAGCGCUGGAAGUACACAACAAGACCUACCUAUCCCUAAUCGUGAUCAUCAUCUCCGUCGGCGGCUGGUUCCUCUGGAACCUGAUCCUCUCGCAGCGCUACAAGCUCAGUUCUGGCAAAGGCGUCUACGACGUCCCCGGCAACUUCAUCCACGAAUCAGGCCACAACCUCCUCUUCUGGGUCGUGUGGCUCUGCGCCGUAAUAGCAUGUCUCCUCUUCGAAUUGACCGUCUCCACGCUGCGCGCCCUCUUCUUCCCCAAUGAUGUCGACCUCUUCCAAGAAAUGGAACAGGAUCUCGAUAUCAGGAAACGCUUCGAGGAAGCGGCCGCCCCGGAACUGCAGCAGAGCUGGAACCAUGGGACCAAGAAGUCGAGCCUCGAGAUCGCUCUCGAGGCUGAGGAGAUGGAUGCUCGUGAGCAACAGGUUCAGGAACUUCUUGCGAGACGGCGCUCUACUGUUGAUACCAAGCUCGUUACGCAGGAAAUUGAACUGGAUGGGUAUACUAGCGCUGCUAGUAAUGGUCAUAACGAUACCGCCCCUGGUGCUACUCCUGAUGGUUAUUUCAACCGCCGUGCCUCCACGGCAACAGGCGUUGAACUUGAACCUGUAUCCCCCAUCGAUGGUCCAAGUACCCGUCGCCGCUCAGUCGAGAUCCACGAGCUGUUCAGCAAGGGCUUCGGCGCUGUCCGGAAGGGCCGCCUGUAA